AUGUUGACCGCGCCCCGGGUAGUCUUCUCUGUGUUCACUCUGAUGAACGUCGUGCUGCUGAAUGGUGACCUCCCAAGCGGAAGUGCACUAUCCCUAGGAGGUGCAGGAUUGAAGGCCCCGAGACAGUUGUCCGAGGUAACACAAGACUCAGGUGCACAUGCCACCUCUAAUGAUGUGAGCAACAGCUCUGAUGACAGUGAUUGCAGUGAAGAGAAACAAAGUGAAGUCCCUACUGAGGCUACUUCCAGUUCAGUAAAAAAAGAGCAAGUGAAAAAAACGCAACAGGAUGAUGAAGAGGAUGAUGAUGAUGAUGACGACGACGACGACGAUGAAGAAGAAGAAGAAGAAGAAGACGAGAGCAAUGAUGAUGAUGAUGAUGACGACGACGAUGAGGAUGAUGAUGAAGAUGGAGGAAUAGAUAUAUCAGGGAUAUUAAAAGAACACAUGUUCGUUGUGCCGAAAGAAAAAGUAGAGCUUUUAUUGGAAGAAUGCAAUCGAAUACAGAAAUCGGAUUAUGAGAGAGCAUUAGAUAAUCUAUUUGGGGAAUUACAUGACUUCUCCAUUCAGUGUAGAUUACCAAAGGAAGUAAAAAUGUCUUUAUGGUAUGAAUGCCUAGAUGAUAUAGCUGAUGAUUUAAAAGAAAUCGAUGAAUAUUUUGAUGAUAUUUAUGAGUAUAACAUGAAUGCAGAUAGCGUCGUGACUGUUUCUUUUGUUUAUUCUUUAACGGAAUUUUUGAAUAAGUGGACGAAUACCAUAGAACAGAUCGAGAAGAAGUGGUGCGCUCUUUUUGCGAAAAGGGCUAUGGAUUAUAGAGAAGCCGUUGAAGAGAGUAUGUUGGGAAAAGCGGCAACGGAGUCUACCCACGAGGGAGAAGUGGGUACCUCCUCGGGUAAUGCGGGUACUUCCUCGGGUAAUGCGGGUACUUCCUCGGGCAAUGCGGGUACCUCCUCGGGCAAUGCGGGUACCUCCUCGGGUAAUGCGGGUACCUCCUCGGGUAAUGUGGAAACGAAGGAUGCACAAAAGGAAGGAAUCGAUUCCCAGGAGGAUACGGAUUCCCAGGAGGAGGUAACAGAUUCCCAGGAGGAUACGGAUUCCCAGGAGGAAUAA